CAGCUCGAAGUGAAUCGAGCUCGCGCGACCGAACAUGGAGUCGUCGGGCGACACGGCGCCGCUGCACUCCUCACCGACCCCGACGUCGCCGCCGGCAAUGGCGACGGGGACGGCGGUGGUGAUGAGCCCGUGCGCGGCGUGCAAGAUCCUCCGCCGCCGGUGCGUGGACCGGUGCGUGCUGGCGCCCUACUUCCCGCCCACGGACCCCCACAAGUUCGCCACCGCGCACCGCGUCUUCGGCGCCAGCAACAUCAUCAAGCUCCUGCAGGACCUGCCCGAGGAGCAGCGCGCGGACGCGGUGAGCAGCAUGGUGUACGAGGCGGCGGCGCGCGCGCGGGACCCCGUCUACGGCAGCGCCGGCGCCAUCUGCCAGCUCCAGAGGCAGGUCGACGGCCUCAAGGCGCAGCUCGCGCGAGCGCAGGCCGAGCUCGCCGCCGCCCGCGCCCACCACGCCCAUCUCGUCGCGCUGCUCUGCGUCGAGGUGGCCACCGCCGCCGCCACGCCUCCGCAGGACGCCUACUGCUCCGGCGGAGGAGGAUCGCAGUCCCAGCUCGCCGCACCGCCUGGCGUAGGCUCCGCGCCCGCGGACGCGCUCUACGUCGUCGACGGCAGCGCGGCAGGCGGCGGCGGCAUCAUGCAGGCCGGGCACGUCGGCUGGGCCGACGAGCCGCUCUGGACAUGAGCGCGCUCAAGCUGGCGCGCACUCGUCAUUCAACUGGCCAACCGCUACCACUACGUACGCAUGAUUCGUGGGUGUAAUUACUAGUAGUGCUAAAUUUUACUUAACGGAGUUGAUUGGUAACUGGGUUAACCAAAAGGUUGACCUGCUUGAUGAAUUUGUUGGAGUUUCAGGAUGGAGGAAGAUCGAGUUUGUUUUGUUUUGUUGCAAAAAUAAUAAUAGUUCAUAGAA